AUGGAUGCAUCGGCAGCCGACACGACUACAUCGCCCGCCAGCACCACCAUCCACAGCACCAACAGCAGCACACAGGAGACUGGCAGCUUGACCCAGCAGUCGCCGCACGAAAGUCGCUUCAUUGGCAGCAGUAGCGGCGUAUACUUCAUCAAUACCGUCAAGCAGGCCUUUGAAACCUCCAGCCGCCUGCCUGCUGCCGAGGAGACAGUGGGUGGCGAAGACGACUUCGCCCCCUCCGCGCGCAAUUCGCCCGAGAGAGGUGCGCCAGAAGCAUUUGAAGUCCACAUCAGCAGCCAGAGGACCAUCGAGGUCAACACUUCCGCCCAGCUGGGCUCGCUCCCGCCCUACGAUGCCGCCCAGUUGAUGACCAUCGAGUACUUCAAAGUCUGGCAUCCCAUCGUGCCCUUUCUGUCUGGAGCCGCAUUUCUGGAGGACUUGGAGCUUUUGUACCGCGACCCACGCACCGCGAGAGGCUCUGGCCGAGUCCCCGCCGACAGGCAGAAGCUCUGUGCUCUCAUCAUCUUCCAAUGUGUCAUCGCCGUCGGAGCCUCUGCUCUCCCCGCCGAACACGCUCCUCCCUCCGCGCUGCCAUCGAGAUCCAAUCUCCUGUCUCUGGUGGCCGCACUCGCUUCCCGACAUGACAUUUUGACCGUGCAGACUCUUCUUGCUGCGCAGGUCUAUUGCGUCUCCACCCUUGCGCUCCGCACCGCCUCCUCCAUUGGUGGACUCUUAUGUAAGCUGUUGUUCCAUGCCGGUCUGCAUCGAUGCCCCUAUCGCUACCCUCAGCUGUCCAACGAGGACCGUGAUCUCCGCAAACGCAUCCUCUGGAGUGCAUACGCCCUGGAUCGCUAUCUCUGUCAAGCUCUCGGCAUCCCCGUGAGCUUGUCGGACCGUGAGAUCGAUGUGUGUCAGUCGGGUAGGCAAGAAAUACACGGGUCCCAUUCGACGGAAGUACUGUCCAGAGGCACCGCUUCGGCCUAUGCAGAGACUCCGGCCACCCACAACUCACAGGAGAAUAAUAAGCUCGAAGUGAUCUUGGCCAACUUUGUCGACUACGGCAAACUUGCCGGCAGAGUCAUGGACCUAUACCACAUAUCGCUACACUCUCGUCACCAUGAUCCGAGCAAAGUCCUGUUCUUGCGCUCGGACGUCGAUCGAUGGUUCAACAGCAUGCCCGAAGAGCCCGUAUACGCAUAUGGUGGUGUCAAUGGAGCAGACGAGCAGAUCGUCCGCUUUCUGCCGUUUUUGCACGUUCUCUACGAGCAGUUGAAGAUCUCGAUUCAUCGGCCGGCUCUGUCAUUGCCGCGGUCGUCGCCCGAAUUCCAUCAUGCUCUCCAAGUCACUAUUCGUGCUGCCAAAAGAACCAUCUUAGCACUCGAGCGACAGUCUCAGCUCUUCUGGCCGGGCUAUGUGGCCUCGGUCUGGAUGUCGGGUCUGAUCAUCUCCUUUGCCUGCCAAAUCGCCCUGUACAACACCUCACAAGGCUCGCAAGAGAUCGUGCGCUGCCUCGAUCUUCUGCAGCGCAUGGGAGAGCGAUGGCGAAGUGCGCAGCGGUGUCAUGCUGCACUUUCGACAUUACUCUCGGACUUACAGAAGACACAUCAACGUGCCCGACCUGAUACGCCGUCUGCAGAUCCUGCUUCCACACGUCCCGCCAAACGACAACGGCCUGACGGUGGUGCGGGAUUCGAAUGCGGCCGUGGGCUCAUGUCAGUGUCGCCGACUUCUCAUACUGACACCCCAGACCAUAGCAAGUCUGUGCCGCCGCGAAACACAGGCUUCGCCACUCCCAUGUCACAUCUUCAUGCUGGAGAUGGCAAUGUCAACGACUUCUUCGCUGAUAUCAGCUGGGAAAACCUGUUCGACAUCGGAGACAUGGCACAAGAUUCCGACAUGCAAUUCUUCGGACAAGGCAUCGCACCUACAGGGAUGAAGUAAGGUCAGCCAACGUAGGAGUACAAACUCAAUACCAGAUCCCGCUAGGUAUUUGCCCUAGUGACGAUGACAAGCUGCCAGAGCGCUUUGGCCUCUGCAUCAAGCCUCCGCCAAAUCACCCUUCGCAGGCGAUCCAGAUGUGGUACAUUGCUUGUUCCAUCCCUUCACGACUGCAUCGCCAAUACUAGCGAAUUGGCGCCAUCUCGACUCGAGCCAAGGUACUGAUAUGCCAGGAGAUUGAAGCUCGUGUGGGCAAGGCAGAUGCGAGUAUCAGAAAAGCCAUUAGCCACAUCUGGCUCUCGACCACGAUCAACCACGAAGCCAUCCCGUACACUCACGUGCUCGGUAACCUUCUGCAAGUACCCUCAAAUUGGCUGCCUCUACUCGUGAAAGAAGCCCAGGAGUUUGUAUAAUGUAGUGGCACGCUAGCUGGAUACAUAAUGCUGCCUCGAGCUUCUCCAAGCUCUUCGGUGAAGUGGAGCGCCAUGUAAGUACCUAGGCGUUUCUUGACUUCAUAGGCUUUCCUAUACCGGAUUCGGUAGAUUUCGAGUGCUUUUGCGCUCCCGACGAUUUAUUGUCAUAUAUCACGUCCGUAUUCGGUCUCGCCAUUGAU